AUGGCGGCGCUUCAGGUGGUGCUGGUGUGCGGCACACUGCUGAUGGCACUGGGGCUGGUGCCUUUCCUGUACUUUGUCGCCCACUGGUACCUGAUGCAGGGCUCGCCCCUUGAGACAUGGGACUCCCCCCCCAGGAGCCUCAUCAGGCGCCUGAGCUCCAGAGGCGAGCGGGGAAAGCCCUUGGCCAGUGACGGCAACAGAGGGGUGCAGUCCCCAUCUCAGCAGCCUGAGAAGUCUCCCAAGGAAAGCCUGCCGGAUGAGCCAAAAGCUGAUGGGAAGCAAGGAAGGUCCAUUUCCUUUCAGGAGUUGGACAGCGUGCAGGAGGCGAGUGAAAGCAGAAAGCAGAUGGAUGUGACCAGAGGGGCAGAGGAAGAGGUGGGGCUCAUUGUGGGCCUGCUUGUCGGGACGGUUGGAGCUGGCACCUUUGUGGGCCUGCAGAUUGCGCAGGAGGGCAGGACAGCCGUGCUGGCUGUCACUGAGGCGCUGCCCACAUGGUCCUUGAAGUCCAGCAGCAGUGAGCAGCACACGGCGCUGGCACGACAGGGGCACAGGCACUGGCAAGUGUGGCUGCGAGAAUGGCAAGGGACUCUCAUGACAGCGACAGAACGCAACGUGCCAUCUGUCUACUCCUGGCUUGAGGCCCAAGUGGAUGAGAUUGUGCGAGCAAACAACCUCACUCAGGUGAUGCAGGACUUGAAGGUGGUCUCUGCAACACUCCGGUCGCCAAAGCCCUGCAGCGCAGGAGAGAGGCGAGCUCUGGUGGUGGCCAGGGUGAAGGCCAAGCUGCAUGCACGCAGCACAGAUGCCCGCUUGCAGUACCUGUCAGAGGAGGUACCACAUAUUUUCCCUUCUUUAGAUCGCCUCUUCCGAAAGGUGAGAAGGAAGAAAGAGAGCUUAGCAGCAGCUUUGCAGGUGUAUGAGCAACCAAUGAGCAGACCACCCAGCAACUCAUCUGCUGAAGCCAUCACACCUAAAGACAAGGAGGCAGGCAGUGAAAGGACCAUGGAAAUGGAGGAAGCAGUCGCUGCAGCUGAUGCAGAACAGCAGAUGGCAAAGGCAGCCCUUGCAGAUGCUGUCAGGGAGGAUGAGGUGGCCCAGCAGGAGCUGGAGACAGCAGAGCGGCUGCUGAGCCGCUGCUCUGGGGUUGAUAGCUCGGGAGCGGCGCAGGUGCAGAGCGGAGCUGCGCGCCAGCUGAUGCAGCGGCUUCAGGCAGCCUACGCCGACAUGUGGCAGCUGCAGCUGAGGGAGGGCCUCCACGAGCUCCUGGCGGUGGCGAGGGAUGCGAUAUUACUGGCAAGGGAGGUGAUGUCGGGCAAGGGGCAGGCGUCGUCGGGGGAGCUGAACGCGCUGCAGCGCAUUGCGGCGGCCGCCUCGGAGCCGCUGCUGGCGCUCGGCCGCUCCGCCGGAGCGGUGAUCUUCAGCGGCCUCGGCAGCACCACUGCUGUCGCUUUCACGAGCGGCCUCGGCAUUCUCCGCCUGGGCGUUGGGGUGGUGCAAGCGGGCGUGCAGUUCACGCUUUUUUUUGCGCUGCUGUACUACCUGCUCGCGGCCGAGGCGGACCCGCUGCUGUACGCGGUGCGGCUGCUGCCGCUGUCGGACAACGGGCGCCAGCAGGCUGCUACAGCGCUCUCUGAUGCCCUGCGCGGCGUUUUUCUCUGCGCGCUGAAGCUGGCGCUCUUUCAUGCCGGCUUCACCUGGCUGACAUUGCGCAUAUUCCGCGUGCACUUCGUGUAUGCCACGACAGUGGCGGCAGCGGCGACUGCAAUGCUCCCUCUGAUCCCAUCCUGGCUCGUGGCAGUGCCUGCUGCUCUGCAGCUCGUCAUCCAGGAUCGUGUGUUGGCUGCUGUCCUGCUGCUUGGUGCCCACUUUGGGGCGUGGUUCCUGGCCGAUGAAAUCAUCCUUUCAGAGAUCCCAGGUUCCCACCCAUACCUGACGGGCUUGGGCAUCAUUGGGGGCAUGUACACGUUUGACAACCCGCUGCAGGGGGCCAUUGUGGGCCCCAUGCUGCUGUCCCUGCUCAGCGUCUUCUACAACCUGCACUCCCAGUUCAUGGGCAGCAGCAAGCUUAUGCCCAUCAGCAGCUUCCCUGGCAGCCAAAGGGCCUCCAUCAGCCGCAGCUCAUCCUUCGACUCCAAUUUUUCACGCUUCAGGGUGCCUCCGACUAUUAGCUAA